GGCCUAAAAGUAUGCAGCAUCAUUAGCGUCAGAGCGAAGGACUCGCCAAAAACUACACACCAUCAAGAGGGGGAAAACAAAGGAAAAACUGAGCAGAAAAAAACACCCAAGCUGCAGCCGGCAAAAAUUGAAAAUGUAUGCUCAUUAGUAAUGGCAGAUGCGAAGCGAGAGGCAAAAACUAACUGAAAAGCGCAUUGCAAGGACCGAACCGACAGCGACAAGUUCCUAAGUCAAACGCCAUUCAUAAUUAGCAACAACAAUAACAACAACAGCAACAGCACCGGCAACGGCUGGCAGAUGGGCACAAGGACACUGGAACAUCUGGCACAAGUCAAGGACGAGCUGUAAAAUAAUUCGCAUCGAAAGCAUGGCCCAAGGAAGCAACUUCAGUUAUCUCGAGCCCCACCAGAAGACGCCAGAGUCCUCGUCAGCGAGCUGAUUUCGAGAACUCGACAAAUUAGCAGAGCGGGCAAAUUAUCGCCGGGGAAAUUGAUAGAUUCGAUUAGCAAUAUAAAAAGCUCAGAGACGGAGAUAGCAGCCGGCGGCUCCUUUAAUUUGUCACAACCACCAAAAGCAGCAACCAUCCCAUCGGACUUCCGCCAAAAUCCAUCGCUUUAAGCCAACAAACAUCGAGUCAUGCCUGAGCAGGAUAAUUACGAUGAUGAGUUGGUCUCCAGUAAUCCGAAUCAGCGGAACUGGCGUGGGAUCCUCAUCGCCCUCCUGGUCAUCAUCAUCGUCCUGGCCCUGAUUGUUACAUCGGUGGUGCUGCUCACGCCGCCCGAUGAGGGACCGCGGGUCAAGGGUCAGCGCAUCAAGCUGCAGGACAUUGUCGAUGGCCUCUUCACGCCGCAGCAUGCCAACGGCAGUUGGAUCGAUGGCGAGGAGUUCCUGUACCAGGACCAUUUGGGUCGCAUCUGUCUACUGAAUGCAGCCAAUCGCUCGGAACGUGUCCUCAUGUCCAAUGUGACAUUUAAAACCCUGGCCCCCUUCACCUUCACCAUAUCGGCGGACAAGCGGUAUCUGCUUCUGGCCCAGAAUGUUGUGAAACUGUUCCGUCACUCCUACCUGGCCCAAUACACGCUCUACGACAUUCAGACCAGUGAGAGCAUCAAGUUGCGGCACAGUCCGCACCAGGAUGAGUGGCCGUAUCUGCACUUUGCGCGUUUCACACCCGCCGGAAAUGCAUUGGUCUGGGUGCAGGGAUACGACAUAUAUUACCGGACAGAGGUGCGGAGUCCAAUGGUGCAUCGGAUUACUCACGAUGCGGUGCCCGGAGUGGUGUACAAUGGCAUACCGGAUUGGUUGUAUGAAGAGGAAAUUCUCCAUGCAAAUAAUGCGAUUUGGAUGUCGGACAACGGACAACUGAUGUUGUAUGCCACCUUCAACGAUACGCACGUCCAGGAGCAGCACUUUGCCUGGUAUGGCACGACUGGUUCAUCCGGCGGAGCGGCUGCAGCUGCAGCGGCAGCGGCGGCAACAGGAGGUGGAACUGGCGGUGGAACGGGAGGAAGUGGCGCCUCAGCGGGCAGCAGUAAUCCGCAUGCCAACCUAUACCCGGAAAUCAGGUCCUUACGGUAUCCAAAGCCGGGCACUCAGAAUCCCACAGUGACCUUGCGGGUUGCGGAUCUAAAGGAUCCGCAAAAGGUUCGCAUCACCGACCUGCGACCACCUCAGAUACUAGCUCACGAAGAUCACUACUUUAGCAGCGCCAGUUGGGUAAGUCACUCAAAGAUCGCCGUCGUUUGGCUGAAUCGUCCCCAGAACAUCUCCGUGGUCAGUGUGUGCAAGGCUCCCGCCUUCGAGUGCAUCGAGACCCACCGGGUGAGCGGCGAUGGACGCGGCUGGGUGGACACUGUUGCUGUGCCUCUGUUUGCAGCCAAUGCCAGCCUCUAUGUGGCCAUCUCCCCGCUGCGAGACGGUCUGUUUGGCUAUUUCCGGCACAUCGUGCACGUGGACAUCGACAAUAACAGGGUGCUGCCCCUCACCCAUGGCCCGUACGAGGUGAAUCGAUUGUUGCACUGGGAUCAACUGGAUAAUUGGAUCUACUUCCUUGGCACUCCAGAGCGCCUGCCCUCGCAGCAGCAUCUAUAUCGCGUAUCCGCCCUGCCGGCCCGUCAAGGACAAGCAUUGCAGCCACCAGACUGCCUGACGUGUCCCGCACUGACGCAGCAAGCCGAGGGCUAUGAGGAAGGUCAUACCAAGUCACCACCGAAGCUGGUGACUGCCUGGGACGAUGACUGGGAGGACUCCGAGGAGACAGAAGCUCAGCCACCGCCGCAACCUGCGUUGCCAGUGGAGCAGCAGCGACCGGGAAGGGGUCAAAGUGCUCCUUUGCCACCGCCUCCAAGCGAUUGCCUGUACCAUGAGGCCCAGUUUCCCCCUCGAAGAGCUAAAUAUGUCCUGGUCGAUUGCCUGGGUCCUGUGGUACCCACCUCCAUUAUCUACGGCCUGAAAUUCUCCACUAUUGCCAAGGUGAAGAGGCAGAGCACACAGCAAGAAGAACCUCCCACGGAUGGCGGCGAGCAGAAGAUGUCGGAGGAAUCCAAGUCACAGUUCCUGGAACUCCUGGUCACCGUGCAGAAUAACACUCGGUUAAAGGAGAAAAUGGCCAAGACAGCCAUGCCGCAGGUGAAGACCUUCCCCGUGAUGAUCUCCGGAGGAUAUCAUGCCCAGGUGCGGCUCUACCUUCCGCCUGUUCUGCGCGAGGAUGAGAUCACGCGAUAUCCCACCAUUUUGCACGUUUACUCGGGACCCGGCUCUCAGCUGGUCACCGAUCGUUGGCAUGUCGAUUGGAACACCUAUCUGGCGGGCAGCAAGGACUAUAUUGUGGUGGAAAUCGAUGGACGAGGAUCCGCGGGACAGGGUUACCAGCUACUCCAUGAGGUCUACAAGCGCUUGGGCAGCGUUGAGGUGUCCGAUCAAUUGGAGGUCAGUGAGUACCUCAGGGAUAACCUGCACUUUAUCGACUCUCGAAGGAUGGGAGUCUGGGGAUGGAGUUAUGGCGGAUACACAGCUGCAUUGGCCCUGGCUGGCCAACAGUCGAUAUUCCAGUGCGGAAUAAGUGUGUCACCGGUGACCAAUUGGAAGCUAUAUGAUUCCACCUAUGCCGAACGCUAUCUGAGCUUCCCCAAUGUGACGGAUAACUACAAGGGUUACGAGGAGAGCGAUCUGUCCAAGUAUGUGGAUAAUCUAAGGGAUCGCCAGUUCCUGCUCGUCCAUGGCACUGCCGAUGACAACGUACAUGUGCAGCAAUCUAUGGUACUGGCCAGAUCACUGACCAGCAAGGGAGUCCUCUAUAAGCAACAGAUAUAUCCGGAUGAGGGUCAUAGUUUAUCGGGGGUCAAGCGACAUUUGUACCGCUCGAUGACUGCCUUUUUCGAGGAUUGCUUCAAGAAACUG